AUUUCUGACGGGGGAAAAAAUCCCACAAGAUACGAAGCCCAGCUCAGAUAUCUAAUGACGCGCCUGGCACAAUCUUUGUUUUUUGCUCCACCUCUGCCUGUGUUUUGCCUGCAUUCUUCAAAAACCGCCACACCUAUUUCAUGUUGAGAAGCAAAACUGUUACAAAAAAGAAAAGCUGAUUGUACUAGUUCUUAUUCACAGGGAUCACACAGGUCAAGUUCACGAUGCAACUUUACGGAGCUCUGGUCCUGUUUUUUACUUUCUCUGCUGCGUGUGGACUAAGAUGCUACUCAUGUUCAGUAGCUGAUCCUAAGUCCUGCACAGACACAGAGACUUGUAUUGCAUUUCUUGACAGAUGUUACUCUUUCAAACCAGAAGGAGUCAAUGUGGUUAGCAAGGGAUGCAUGGCCAGCCAAUUAUGCAUUGCACCCAUAACUUGCUGUGAAGGGGAUCUCUGCAACGGUGCCGUACCAACAGGCCCCGGUGUCAUCCUGCUGCUGCUGUCUUCAGCUCUUAUCACGCUCUUUAUUUAAGGCUCUGAAUUGUUGCUCCUGUUCUGGUUUGUUGUUUGGUCCCUCUCCAGCUACGCUGUCAUGUUGUCAGGACAAACAUGCAACCAUGUUUUAAAUCCUAAUAGAUGCAUAAUAGAUGCGUCUCUUGUAAAAAUUAAAUAAAAAUAUGUAAGCCAUGAAUUAAUAAAAAAUGCUCAAUUUAUUAA